AUUCGCAGGAUUUCUGCAAGAGUCACUAGUUCAAUUCCGUCGCCCAGCGGAGUCUGGAAGUAAUAGUGCUCCCCCUUAUGGAGGCGCCAGCAACCAAAAUUCCGAUGUUCAGAAUGUGAAUGAAUAUUCCGUCGUCAGUCGGGAUAUUGGCACCAGUGGACAGAGCUCGCAGGCUGGUGUUGACACGACCACGCAAGCUAGUGCCGACACGAACUCACAGGCUGGUCCUGACAUGAGCUCGCAGUCUGGUCCUGACAUGAGCACGUCAGCUAGCGCUAAUAUGAGCACGCAGGCUGAUUCUGACAUGAGCAUGGGUCUUGUUUUGAAAAACAUCCAAGAUUUUGUGGGCGAUCUAGUCAACCAGAUUGAACGGCUUCAUGAGUUUCCAGUAUCGAGCGGAAAAUACGGUGAAAUCUGGCAAUGCCAGCUCCGCGUGGAAUCGGAAAAAGUGCAGGUUGCUGUCAAAUCGAUGAGACUACCCAACGUAUCACAGCCACGUAUCCGACAAAUGCUACUCAAGGAGUAUUAUGUCUGGCUCAAGCUUAAACAUACCAACAUCGUUCGCUUCUAUGGCAUGACCUCCACUUUCUGUGUCCAUCCGGCCAUGGUUACCGCGUGGAUGCGCAAUGGAACUCUAACCGAAUAUUUAGCCCAACAAUACUCAUAUCUUAAACCGCGGGAUAGGUUUUGCCUGAUCAAUGAUGUAGCAAGUGGACUUUGUUACCUUCACUCAAACAAUAUUAUACACGGUGAUCUAACUGGGUCCAGCGUGUUUAUUGAUGAGAGCGGGAGGGCUUGUUUGGCUGAUUAUGGCCUUGCGUUCAUAAAUGAAUUUUCGGCUAUGAAUAUGACGGCAUCUACAACGGAUACCCAUCAUGGUCCCAACGCGGCAAGAUGGACUGCUCCUGAGUUGGUUCUGGAGGAUUCGGAUUCCUUCGUUCGGCCCACGAUGUCAAGCGAUAUUUAUUCAUUUGGUUGUAUUAUGCUUCAAAUACUGGUGGGGCAGCUGCCCUAUUGGUGGGCCAGGUCGAGCACCCAGGUAAUCCUGGCAAUGGCACAUAAAAUGCUACCGAUACGGGAUGACCCCAACGUUCCCAGGCUCCACGAACACCAUGUACUAUUUCUCAAAAGAUGCUGGGGGCCCGAUCCUCACUCCCGCCCAUCAAGUGCGGAUGCCGCUAAAUUUGUGGCUGCAGAGCUUCGCAAAUUCCACGAGUCAUAGUACCGAGAGUGCUCCGUUGAAUAGCGGUAUGAAGGAGUUCGCUGUGGUGGUGGAACCUUCGGGUCUUUGAUUCAGAUAAUGCUAUUAUUUUACU